AAAGCCUUGACAUCAGGAGGCGGCUCCGGCACCCCCCUUUCUCUGCCCCCCGCCCCCAAGCCGCGGCCAUGGACCUGGCGGAUCCGGCCUGCCCUGGCCCAGCUCAACACCUGAUUUCGGCAAGGUGACCGUUCUGGAUGCUAGAGUGAGUGUGCCCACCUGCAUAAGGGGGCAGAGACAGCCUGCCGGGGCUUCUCUUCCUUGUUCCCAGGGCCAGAUGUCAGAGGCCAUGGACCAGCCAGCUGGGGGUCCUGGAAACCCAAGGCCAGGAGAGGGUGAUGAUGGCAGCAUGGAGCCAGGCACCUGCCAGGAGCUUCUGCACCGACUGCGGGAGCUGGAGGCAGAGAACUCGGCACUUGCCCAGGCCAACGAAAACCAGCGGGAGACUUAUGAGCGCUGUCUGGACGAGGUUGCCAACCACGUGGUACAGGCGUUGCUGAACCAGAAGGUGAGUAACCCAGACACCCUGGGGAGAAGCCCUGGGCACAGCAGAUGAGACCCUUCCUGGAGACUAAGGGCUUGGAGGACAUGGGCUGUUGCCCUCCGGUGAUUCCCCGUCUUUCCGCCUUGGGCGGGUCCAUUCUGUUCUACCUAGAGACAGAGGUGGGACUAGGACCUGCGAGAGGAGUGCAUCAAGCUGAAGAAGAGAGUGUUUGACCUGGAACGGCAGAACCAGAUGCUGAGUGCCCUGUUUCAGCAGAAACUCCAGCUCACAACAGGCUCACUUCCUCAGAUCCCACUCACUCCACUCCAGCCACCAUCAGAGCCACCAGCCUCCCCCUCCCUGAGCUCCACUGAGGGACCGGCUGCCCCACUGCCUCUGGGGCACUGUGCUGGGCAGAGAGAGGUAUGUUGGGAGCAGCAGCUGAGGCCAGGAGGCCCAGGCCCCCCAGCCGCCCCACCCCCAGCGCUGGAUGCCCUAUCCCCAUUCCUUCGGAAGAAGGCCCAGAUUCUGGAGGUGCUGAGAGCCCUGGAAGAGACUGACCCCUUGCUUCUCUGCUCACCUGCCACCCCCUGGCAGCCUCCAGGCCAGGGGCCUGGCUCCCCAGAGCCCAUCAACGGCGAGCUGUGUGGCCCGCCUCAGCCUGAACCCUCACCCUGGGCGCCCUGCCUGCUGCUAGGCCCUGGCAACCUGGGAGGCCUGCUGCACUGGGAGCGCCUCUUGGGGGGUCUGGGAGGGGAAGAGGACACUGGGCGGCCCUGGGGUCCUAGCAGGGGACCUCCUCAGGCCCAGGGCACCAGCUCUGGCCCAAACUGUGCCCCAGGCAGCAGCUCCUCCUCCUCUUCUGAUGAGGCAGGUGACCCCAAUGAGGCACCCAGCCCCGACACCCUGCUCGGUGCCCUGGCCCGCAGACAGUUGAACCUGGGCCAGCUCCUUGAGGACACAGAGUCUUACCUACAGGCCUUCCUGGCCGGGGCUGCAGGCCCACUCAAUGGGGACCACCCAGGUCCCGGGCAGUCAUCCUCCCCAGACCAGGCGCCCCCACAGCUGUCUAAGUCCAAAGGCCUCCCCAAGUCAGCUUGGGGUGGGGGUACCCCAGAGGCCCACAGGCCAGGCUUCGGUGCUACCUCAGAGGGCCAGGGGCCCCUCCCCUUCCUUAGCAUGUUCAUGGGUGCUGGGGAUGCCCCACUGGGCUCUCGGCCUGGCCACCCCCAUUCCUCAUCUCAGGUGAAAAGCAAGCUCCAAAUUGGCCCCCCUUCUCCUGGGGAAGCUCAGGGACCCCUUCUGCCCUCUCCAGCUAGGGGUCUCAAGUUUCUAAAGCUGCCUCCAACCUCGGAGAAGAGCCCCAGCCCAGGAGGCCCGCAGCUCAGUCCCCAGCUCCCCCGGAACUCGCGAAUCCCCUGUCGGAACAGUGGCUCAGACGGCAGCCCCUCCCCACUGUUGGCCCGAAGGGGUCUGGGUGGAGGAGAGCUGUCCCCAGAGGGGGCGCAAGGCCUGCCCACCAGCCCUUCACCCUGCUACACAACCCCAGACUCCACACAGCUCAGACCCCCGCAGUCAGCCUUGUCCACCACGCUGUCCCCAGGCCCAGUGGUGUCUCCCUGCUAUGAGAACAUUCUGGACCUUUCUCGGAGCACCUUUAGGGGGCCUUCCCCAGAGCCACCUCCAUCCCCACUGCAGGUGCCCACCUACCCACAGCUAACUCUGGAGGUACCACAGGCCCCUGAGGUCCUCAGAAGCCCUGGAGUCCCCCCCAGUCCUUGCCUCCCAGAAUCGUACCCCUAUGGGAGCCCCCAGGAGAAGAGUUUGGACAAGGCAGGCUCGGAGUCUCCUCAUCCCGGCCGCAGGACCCCAGGCAACUCAUCCAAGAAGCCCAGCCAGGGGUCAGGACGGCGACCUGGGGAUCCUGGCAGCACACCUCUGCGGGACAGACUGGCGGCCCUGGGGAAGCUGAAGACAGGCCCCGAGGGGGCCCUGGGCCCAGAGAAGAAUGGGGUGCCAGCCAGGCCUGGCACCGAAAAGACCCGGGGACCUGGGAAGUCAGGGGAGAGUGCUGGAGACAUGGUGCCCUCCAUCCACAGGCCACCGGAGCAGCUAGAAGCCAAGGGGGGGAUACGGGGGGCAGUGGCCUUGGGCACAAACAGCCUGAAGCAGCAGGAACCUGGACUUAUGGGGGAUCCCGGGGCCCGAGUCUACUCCUCUCACUCCAUGGGGGCCCGGGUGGACCUGGAGCCUGUCUCACCAAGGAGCUGCCUCACCAAAGUGGAGCUGGCCAAGAGCCGGCUGGCAGGGGCCCUGUGCCCCCAGGUACCCCGUACCCCUGCCAAAGUGCCAACCUCAGCCCCAAGCCUGGGCAAGCCCAAUAAGAGCCCUCACAGCAGCCCCACCAAGCUCCCUUCCAAGUCACCAACCAAGGUGGUGCCUCGACCUGGGGCUCCCCUAGUCACCAAGGAGUCCCCCAAGCCUGACAAAGGGAAGGGCCCUCCCUGGGCAGACUGUGGUAGUACCACGGCCCAGUCCACACCCCUAGUACCUGGCCCCACUGACCGAAGUCAGGGCCCUGAGGGGCUGGCCCCACACUCAGCCAUCGAGGAGAAGGUGAUGAAGGGCAUUGAGGAGAACGUGCUGCGGCUCCAGGGCCAGGAGCGAGCCCCCGGUGCCGAGGUCAAGCACCGCAACACCAGCAGCAUCGCCAGCUGGUUCGGCCUUAAGAAGAGCAAGCUGCCAGCGCUGAACCGCCGCACGGAGGCCACCAAGAACAAGGAGGGGGCUGGCGGGGGCUCCCCGCUCCGGAGGGAAGUCAAGAUGGAAGCCCGGAAGCUGGAGGCCGAGAGCCUCAACAUCUCCAAGCUGAUGGCCAAGGCGGAAGACCUGCGUCGGGCACUGGAAGAGGAGAAGGCCUACCUAAGCAGCCGGGCCCGGCCACGGCCUGGUGGCCCAGCCCCAGGGCCCAACACGGGGCUGGGGCAGGUGCAGGGCCAGCUGGCUGGCAUGUACCAAGGUGCAGACACCUUCAUGCAGCAGCUGCUAAACAGGGUGGAUGGCAAGGAGUUGCCAUCCAAGAGCUGGCGGGAGCCCAAGCCUGAGUACGGGGAUUUCCAGCCAGUGUCUUCUGACCCCAAGAGCCCCUGGCCAGCCUGUGGGCCCCGGAAUGGCCUGGUGGGCCCUCUUCAGGGCUGCGGAAAACCUCCUGGAAAGCCGAGCAGCGAGCCAGGGAGGCGGGAAGAGAUGCCCUCGGAGGACAGCCUGGCCGAGCCAGUGCCCACCUCACACUUCACAGCCUGUGGCUCCUUGACUCGAACCUUGGACAGUGGCAUUGGGACCUUCCCACCCCCAGACCAUGGUAGCAGUGGGACCCCCAGCAAGAAUCUUCCUAAGACCAAGCCACCGCGGCUGGAUCCCCAACCUGGGGUACCCCCAGCUCGGCCCCCACCCCUUACCAAAGUCCCCCGCCGCGCCCACACACUGGAGCGGGAGGUGCCAGGCAUAGAGGAGCUGCUGGUGAGUGGGCGGCACCCCAGCAUGCCAGCCUUCCCUGCACUGCUACCCGCUGCUCCGGGCCACCGGGGCCAUGAGACCUGUCCUGAUGAUCCCUGUGAAGACCCAGGCCCCACCCCUCCUGUCCAGCUGGCCAAGAACUGGACCUUCCCCAAUACUAGGGCAGCCGGCAGCUCCUCGGACCCUUUCAUGUGCCCACCCCGACAAUUGGAGGGGCUGCCCAGGACCCCCAUGGCCCUGCCCGUGGACCGGAAGCGAAGCCAGGAGCACAGCCGCCCGUCCCCUACACCCCAGGGCCCACCUUUCGGGGGUAGCCGCACCCCCAGCACUUCGGACAUGGCCGAGGAAGGCAGAGUGGCCAGCGGGGGCCCCCCAGGGCUGGAGACCUCGGAGUCUCUCAGUGACUCGCUCUACGACUCGCUCUCCUCCUGUGGGAGUCAGGGCUGAGGGGCUGCGCCACGCCACGGCCCCGCUGGAGCUGGGGACCACAGACUGGACCGGCUCUCUUCAUGCCCAGCCCCCGGAGACGGGGACCCCUCCCUGAAGGGACCAAGGAGGCAGGUGGAUAAGAAGGUGAAAAGGGGGUCCCUGGCACACCCCACCACCCACUGCUAUGGCGGAUGAGAUGACCGUGCUCAGCUCAGGGAGAGACCCCGCCCUUGGUCCCUUCUCUCACCCAGAGUAAGGCUCUUCCUUGAAGGGACUGGGGGUUAAAGGCCACUGUGUCGCAGCCCCCCAGUCCCUACUUCAGGCUGAGCCAUCUUGUGGUGCUGGGCUUCCUGCCCACCAGCCGUGCCAUCUCUGCCCAACCCGGCUGCUCCUCUGCCCCGAAGCCCUCGCGAGGCCCUCCUGGAGGCCCCCGUGCUGGUGGAGUUUGGGGGCCAGGGGGACAAGUUGCCUUCUCUCUCUGCCCUGGUCCUCCCUGCUGUAUGGAUGGUGCUGCCCUCCUCUGCCCCAUGCCUUUGGGGUCUAUUCGUCCGUCUUUUUUGUUGUUGUUUUUAUAUAUUGAAGCGCCUGGCCCAGCCCCCAGCCCCCAGCCCCGCACUGCGGUUAAUUUAUGUGUUGUUUAAAAUGCGGCUGCUCUGCUUCCUGCCUCUGCUUCUGCCGUAUCCCUAAUAAAAUGUGGAGGCCCCCUCCCUGCCCCUGA